AUGGUCGGCCCCUCCACGCCGGUCCUGGCAAUGCUGGGUGUGGAUGUGGUUUUGCCUUGCCACCUGGAGCCUGCUGCUGAUGAGACUAAAAGCACAGUGGAGUGGUCCAGGUCAGACCUCAGCCCUCGAUUUGUCCAUCUGAGACGUGACGGCGUGGAUUUGCCGAAAAAGCAGCAUCUGUCGUACGCUGGAAGAACACAUCUGUCCUCGAGCAGACUGAAGCAUGGAGACCUGUCACUGCGACUCUCCAACGUGAAGCUGUCCGAUGAGGGAAAAUACAGCUGCAUUGUUCCAGGAAAGACUUCCACCGAGGUUCAUCUGCUUGUUGGCGCUGCCCCCCCGAACGUGGCCGUCUCAGCAGAGGCUGAUGGAUCCAGUGGAGGAGUGGUGCUGUGCUGUGAGUCUGCCGGCUGGUAUCCGGAGCCCGAGCUGCUGUGGCUGGACAGUGAGGGGAAGCUGCUCUCUGCUGGACCUCCACGGACCCUCAGAGGUCCUGAUGGCCUCUACUCUGUCAGCAGCAGAGUGACUGUGGAGACCAGACCCAGCAACACCUUCUCCUGUCGAGUCCAACAGAGCAACAUCAGCCAGAGCAGAACUGCACAGUUCAGCUUUGAAGGGGAGUUUUUCAGGGAUGAAUCCAGCCCUGCUGCUCUGGCCAUCGUCGUCGUGGUCUUGGCUGUUUGCUUCAUCAUCUCAUCUUCAGGUUUAUUUGCCUUUUGGAAGCUGAAACUCCACAAAAAGAAGAACCUGGGAACCUCCAGUGACAACAAACCACAGAAGGAUGAAGAAGAGCAGCUUGUUGAUCAAAGCUCAAGAACGAAGGAUUUGGAGGAAGAAAAUUUGAGACUGAAUGAAGAGAUAAAGAAGAAACAAGAAGAAGAGAACGAGUUGGUUGGUGUGAUGGAGAUGAUGGAGAAGAUGGAGAUGUUGGAGAAGUGGGAGAAGGAACUGAAGAAGAUCAAAGGACAGAAGAUGAUCAGCAAAGAAAUCUUGCUUUACAAGGAAAUGAAGUCCUGA